AUACGCUGCACGACCUUGAUGUGAUAGAACGAAUUUGCAAGGCAUCUCAGGUCCGUGUGAUGAAGGUGGUACGGGCGCAUAUCAACCAGGUGUUGCCACUUCUAUACACCACAAGUUGGCCUGACUUCGCAAGAAGGGAGGAGGAGACACCAUCCCACCCCCCCUCCUUCAGGUUGAUCUACUUGAUAAGGGAUCCGCGGGCUAUUCUCACAUCCAUCUUAGAGCGAGAGAUGGACUUCAGCUCACAAAAAAAGGAUCCGGAAAUUCUGUGUGACACAUUAAUGCAAGACCUACAGGCACUUAAGGCACUGUCUCGUCAACUUCACCGUUUUGUUACUGUUAUCAGGCAAGAUGUAUUUACCAGUUCAAGUUAUAUUUUCCUUGAUCCAUCCACCUUCUUUUCGCUCUCGCUUCUGUUCCAAAUGCUCUUUCAUUUUUCUUCUUCCUAUUUUGUCAUCAUAUUUUUCGUCACUAUUGUUCCUCUUUCGCCCCAUUGUUUUUCUAACUCAUAA